AUGAUCCAUGACGAAGAUAUAAAAAAUAUCACGACUGAAAAAGUAAAUGCCACUAGAUGCAGACUACAAAAUGAACUGAAUAUUUCAAAAUUUCAGAUCACUAAACUAACCGAAGAGAAAAAACAGUUAUCAGAAAAACUAAAUGAAAGCUCGAAAGCUGAUCACAAUCUUGUCAAAAGUCGAAUUAGUUGCUUGAACUCGGAACUUCAUCAUGUACAUUCAUUAAAAUGUGAAAUUGAGAAAGAUCUCAAUAAUCUUGAAUAUAAUACGUCGCUUUUACAGAUUAAAGAGUCUUCCGAUAUAAGCAAAAAUCACAAUGACCUCUAUGAGACCCCAAUUUCCUUCGAGCCUUAUAUGAAGCAAAAAUCUAAAAAAUCUGUACGUCAAACUCAAAAAGUGAACAAAUCAGAUCUACACACACAUUUGUACCGCCGUACAAACGAUAAAAAUAAUGGCAUUUUUAAAAACCCAGAUCAAGACAGAUUUAAGUAUAAUCUGACAGCUAACAAAAGCACUUCACUGGCCCUUUUACCUCAAAGUGACGACAGUGAAACAAGGAUGAGGUCUGCAGCAGCUCUGAAGGCAUCAAUUGAGGAUUCUAAAACCAUCAUGGCUAUUGUUCAAGCCAAACACAGAGCACACCAAAAUUCCUUGUUAAUGGAAGAAAAAGGUCUGUGUAUCCAAGCAGAACAAAAUCUAAAGAACGAAAAACUCGAACUGGCAUUGCAUCGUAGAUUAGCCAAUAUUGAAGCUCACCAGACAGCUUUCAAAGAGUCACAAAAUAGGAAGUAUAGGGAAAUAAUAGCUAAACUUUUACGUGAAGAAUUUUUGCAAAAGGAGAAAGUGAAACGACUCACAUUGACCCCCAGAGAAAAUGAAAAUUAUAAAUGCCCUCAAUACUUAGAGAAUAAUGAACAACCAUCAAAACUUGAACAACAUAUGAUUGAUGAAUUUGUAAAACAUCAGAGAAAAGAUGAUGCAGUAAUAAAUUCACUGGAGAAUAAUUUUUCUGUAGAAACGGAACAAAAUGAUGAAAAUGAUGCUGAAUAUGAAAAAUAUUUAUCACAGUCCUAUGACUCAGUAUCUGGCUUAUUAGAUUCCUUUUCGAAGCAGCAGAACAUAGUUACGGAGGACAAUGUAAAUCAAGCGAUUUGCAGUUUUGUUUCUCGUGAUGCCAUGAAGUCGUCAUCUACUAAAAGCAAUAUACUGACUAUUUCAACAGAUCGUGUCUUACAGAAGUUAACUAACAGAUCAUCUACAAAACUAUCAGAAACUGAUGACGCAAUUUACGACAAGGAAAAAGAACAUACUAACUGUAAUACAUAUCAUACAGAAAGAUGUUCUAAAGCUGAAAAGGAAAUUUUACAACGUGUUCUACAACAAACUCGUGAAAACAUUGUACAACCUCAAAUUGUGGCGGGGAAAAAAUUCGAUGGUCCAAGUUUUAUAGCCAAGCCAGCUGAAAUAUGGUUUCAGAACAUCGAAGUAGAUAAAACUCAAAAAAUUAAAGUUACGCUAACUAAUGCUUCAUAUGCUAUUAGUACAUGUAGAUAUGUUGGAAUAACAUCAACUCUUAUGGAUUUUGUAGACGUGAAGUUUAUUCCACCAGGUAUGCUUUCGCCUGGGAUGAAUUGUUGGCUUCAGAUUAAGUUUACUCCAAAACUGAAUAAAAAUUUAACUGGUGAACUAGAAUUUUUAUCUCCAACUGGACCAUUCUUUAUUCCGUUUAAAGCAACUGUAAAAAAAUGCGAGUUUUCCAUAGACUGUAGCGUGGUGAAUUUUGGUGAAGUUGUUAUUGGUGAAACUGUUUUUCGAAGUGUAAAACUGUGUAACUCUGGUGCAAAGGGUGCUAGAUUUACCUUCAAAUCAUUGUCCGAAAGUUACAAGGAAAAAGAUAGUGAUAACAUCAAAGAAAGUUCACAAGAGACUAUCAAUGCAGGGAAGUGUAUCGAUGAAUCAAUUAAGAGCGAUGAACCAAAAAUCGAUGAAAAGAAUGAACCUAAUACUCAGGAAAGAGAAUCUGAAAACAUUCUAUGUGAAAUGGAAGAACAUCAAAACAAUAAUCAAGAUAAAAAUGAAAUAAAUCAUUCUACGUUUAACAAAUUUUCAUCUAACUUUAUAACUGGUGAAUUAAAAUCUGGAUAUUUAGAAUCAUUCAAUUCAGUGAAUUUAAAAAUUAUUUGGAAUCCUAAUAAUAUUUCUGUUAAUAUUAAUGAAUCUAUUAUGGAAGAAGAAAAAUUUAUUAUUCAUUUUGAUGAUCCUGAUAGUUCAGAUAUUUAUAUACAUGCUAUUGGUUAUCCUAAAAAUAUUCCUGUAUGGUUAUCAACAUUGAAUUUAUCUAUGGGAAUAUGUUGGUUUAAUCGACUAUAUCAAGAAUGUUUCGCUGUACAUAAUAGAACAAAAUCUGCUCUUAAAGUUAUAUUUGAAGUUGAUAAAGAAAUUUCAAAUCAUUUAAAAAUUUUACCAAAACUGGUUUUGUUCAAGCUGAAAGUCGAUUAUUGGCUCAAUCAUUCUCAUGCAGAAAGUGAGAAUGAAAGUUGUCUCUCAAAGUUAUCAUAUGAUUCCCUAACAGGUGUACUUCAAGUACCAGUUACUGUUCAUGUUGUAGGCCAAACUAACAAACUACAAUUAAUAGUUGGUGCUGUAAUUACAACAACAGAUUUAGUACUUUCUCCCAAUCCAAUCAAUUUUGGUUUUGCUGAAAUUCAUGAAACUGUAGUAACACGACUAUUAAUAACAAAUAAUAGCUUGUUGCCCCAGAAUUUUGGAAUUGUCGAACUUCCGGAGUUUGUUGAUAUUCAACCAAAUGAUGGUUUUGGUGUUAUACUUGGAAAAGAAACAAUUGAAUUGGAAGUAUUGUUUCAACCAAAAAAAGCAAAAGAAUAUCAUUUCGUUUUAGUUUGUAAAUCAGGUAUUGGACGUAUCUUUACUACAGAAUGUACUGGUGUCGGGGUUUACUCACCGUUAAGUUUAUCUACCAAUCAACUUUAUUUUAAUCCUACACCUAUCAGUGAAUCAAAUACAAGCAAUUUAAAAAUUCACAAUCACCAUACUUCAUCUAAUCCUUUUACUCAUGUACAACCAUGUAUUGGUACAGAUACAAAACCUGUUCCAGUAGGACGUAGAGCAUUUGAACUACAAGUUAUAAAAGCUACAAUCACUAAUUCUUAUGGUUUAAUUGCAGAAGAUAAUCUAUCAAAUGAUCUGUUGGAAUCAAUUUUAUCAAACUUGAUUAGUUUUUAUCCAGCUACUGGAACACUAAAACCUGGAGAAGUAAAUUAA